AUGAUACUUCAAUUCAAAUGCGAAAGAUUACAUUAUAUUCUAAACACUCACUACAUAGUGUCAGUAUACAAUGACAAGUUGACUAUUGGGAACAAGGUAACCUAUCUAUCCUUAUAUGAAUUAGAGUCAUCCCAAGUAUGAGUAUAAAUUUACACUUGAAAAUGUUUUGCACUGGUAUGUGGACAACUUAAAGUUGCAGGCAUUUGGGAUUGAGUACAAGGGGGCAAUCAAGUUUUUUAAAGCGAAUAAUAAAGAUUUGGAAUAGUUAAGAGGGUUGUGUAGAUGUCUUCUAUGUUUCGAUAAUAUAGUGGAGCUUUACAAAUAAAUCGAUAUAAAUGAGCCAUCGAGAUUAUAGGAUCAAAUAUCCCUUUAAUUGUGCAGCAUGAAGGUGAUAAGCUAGUAGCAGUUGUUGAUAGAGGUUCCUAUAGUUCGAUAGUUGAAUCAUCACGGAAUAAUUUCAUACCGUGAAUGCUUUGAAUAUAAAAGCCAAUAUUAUAUUGUAACAGAAUUUGUUGGAGGAAUAACAUUACAGAAAUUCAUAAUUUAAAACCCUAAGUUGAGUCAUCUCUAAUGCAGAGCCAUAAUACUUGUAAGUGUUCUUGUUUUAUGAAAGCAACUGCUCAAGGCUGUAAAAUAUUUGCAUGAACAUUACGUCAUACAUGCGACAAUCGAUAUUAGCCAUAUUGUCUACAAAUCAGAUUUUAUCAAAAUUAUUGAUUUUUCAGAAGCCAAACAAACUAGUAAAAUAGAUGAUAAGGAUAUCAAGAAUUGUGGUCGUAUUUUGUUCUAUCUGUAUGAAUUAUCCUCAUCUUAAUUUAGGUACACUGGCAAAGAGUACAACGACAAGGAUCUGGAACUAAAUUACAAGACUCUUUAGAGUGCUUAGACUCCCAAAUUGGCUUAGGAACUCAUUUUUAUUAUGAUUUCUGAUAACAAUGUAACGGUGCCUCUGAUUUUGGAGCAUCCGUAUUUCUCAUUUUCUUUGGAUGCUGAGGAGAGGAAGAGAAGAUUCCAAAAGUUUUAGCGAGUGUAGAGGUCGACUUCAGAAAUGGAUGAGAGUGAUGCUAUUUCUCAGAGCAUACCAGAAUUGUAAACAAAUAAAAGUAAAUCAUUAAGAUAAUUGAUGUGA